AUGGCUAUGAAUAAAUAUAUGCAUCCUCGUAAUAUUUAUAGAAUUCCUCCAGACUUUAAAAAGUUAGCCGACAUUUAUCCACAAUUUUCCAGCAUUUGUCGUUUGGAUGUAACGGGCAAAAUAACAAUUGAUUUUAAAGAUCCACGAGUUCUGAGAGUUUUAACAGCUUGUUUGCUUAAAUCAGAUUUUGAUCUAGAUGUUUCCAUACCUGAGGAUCGGCUGGUACCAACGCUUCCAUUGAGAUUAAACUAUAUACUUUGGAUAGAAGAUUUACUUGAAACCUUUGACCGGACCGAUAAUAUUAAAGGCAUUGACAUAGGUACUGGUGCCUGUGCCAUAUAUCCAUUACUGGCUGCAAAAAAAAAUAACUGGCAUAUGAUUGGUACAGAAACUGAUGAUGAAAGUUUAAAAGUAGCUAAUAAAAAUGUAAAACAAAAUAAUUUAGAAGAUCUCAUUGCAUUAAGGAAAAAUCAAUCAAAAUUUACUCUAAAGUAUUUGUUUCUGGAGAAAAAUUUACAAUAUGACUUUUGUAUGUGCAAUCCACCAUUCUAUGUGAGUCUACAAGAAGUAUGGGAAUCUCGAAGCCCGGCAAGACCUCCACCUAAAAAUGGUUUUACGGGGUCACCACAAGAAUUAGUUACAGAGGGUGGUGAGUUACAAUUUUGUAGACAGAUUCUAGAGGAAAGCCAAGAGUUAAAAGAUAACAUACUGAUAUUUACUACUAUGAUUGGACAUAAGUACAAUUUGAAGGAGUUUCUAUUAGACCUUAAAGCAGAAGGAAUCAAAUGCACAACUACAGAGUUUUGUCAAGGUAGAGUCACAAGAUGGGGUGUGGCUUGGUCCUACCACAAUAGUUGUGAUUUAUUAAAAUUAGUUACUGUUAAAGAUAAAACUAAGAAAAAGAAUUCUCCAAUAACUUUUGUAAUUCCUAAAGUACCUGACCAAUCUUAUACUAUGGAAGGUGUAAGUAAUAAAUUGAAGUUUGUUUUGGAUGAUUUAAAAAUACAAUACAAAAUUAUAACUAAGAGGAAAAAUGAACUAUGUUUAAAUAUAAUAGCUUACACAAAUACUUGGUCAAAUCAAAGGCGUAAAAGAAGGCUUCAAAAGCAAUUAGACAAUGAAUUAUUGAAAAAACCCAAGUUUGGUAGCAUUAUAAAUACACCAAUUGAAAAUAAAGGAAUAAUUGAACAGUCCCUAGAGCACCACAAAAAAGAUGAUGUUCAAAGCAUUAGAGAUUGUUAUAAUAAUGAUUCUUUAAGAGAAAAAAUUGAAGAAAGCAAUAAAUGCAUCAUGUAUGGUACUGUUGAAAAUAACACAGAUGAAGAUCCAAUUAAAAGGCCAAAUGCUAGACCCGUGGAUAAUGCCUCAAAUAUAACAUCUGAAAUAAAGAUAAUAGAAAAUACUUCAAAGCCCAACCCUCUAUCACAAGCAAUUGUAAAAAUAAAUUGGAAAGAAGAUUUGUGUUCCCUCUCAAUAGAGUACCUCGGUGGCACAGGCGGGAAAGAAAGUGUUCAUCAAAUUCUUCAAUUUAUUAAAAACAAUUGGAAUAAAUUGUGA